CGCAAAUGUAAUUUAAAGAGUACACGGGUUUUACAAACAAUGCGAAAAAUGUUUAUGUACAUAUACUAAUGGAUGUGGAUCGUAUUUAAUUUCAAAAGGCUAUUUAAAUUCUGCUCGUAUAACAAAAGGUUUGCUUAGCUGGAGAUUAAUUGACUUCCAAUAAAGUUGUUUCGCACUUAACCAAUAUUAAGGGAGAGUUAUUAAAAGAUAACGUUAUCCCCGCAAUUUUUGCGGAGUAUCUAUAGUUCUAGAAAUUAAUUAUGAGUUCCAAGAUAAUACGAGAUAUUAUGUCGUGGUAGAUAUGCAUAUAAUAACUUAUCGUUGAUAUAUAUAUAUAUGUAUAUAUAUAUAUACAUAUAUUUGUGUAAUAAUGCCUCACAAAUGUUGUGUAUGCGAAGAAACCCUGGCGCAUACGAAGUUAGUGCACAAUCAGCCUUCGAGCACACUAUGUGCUUCCUCUUUCUCAUUUAUCUCCUCUUAUCGGUUAACGUCGUGAAUGUUUUCACGGAGGACGCCGACUGUCAGGUUCACAACCACCUGUAUGUCUGUUUGGAGAACAGCAGUUUUCUUCACAGCGUCGCUUUCGAGGACGUCAACGCUGUUCAGACGAUCGAGGAUAUCGAGUUGCAUUUGGAAAAUCUCGAGAUUAUUAAAAUCGCCAGGAACGCCUUCGCCGAGGUCAGCAACUCAUCCGCUCUCUAUGUCCGCGAUAAUCGACUAUCGAGUAUUGGCCGGCAUUAUUUCGACGCUCUCGAUCAGCUCACUUAUUUGGACUUGAGGAACAAUACGAUCACCAAUGUAGAAGAUGGUGCUUUCGUGAGUUUGAAUAACCUAGAGACUCUGCUGCUGGAUCACAACAACAUUUCGGACCUGCGACCUGGCAUGUGGAAAGGUCUCUCGGAGUUGCACGAGCUCUACAUCACCAACAACCGACUCACGUUGAAAAGGAACAUGUUCAAGGGACUCAGGCAGCUGGAAACGCUGGUCCUGGACUCGAACGAUAUAUCGGAGAUACCGAUCGGCGCAUUCAACGGGUUAUCCCAUAUAGACCUUCUCUAUCUGUCGCGUAACAAGAUUUCGACAUUGCAUCCCGACGUGUUCCGCGGUCUCAGCGAGAUAAACGAGCUCGACUUGGGCAAAAAUCGACUCAGGGCAAUUCCCGCCAAUGUCUUUCGGCACAUGAAGUCAUUGAACUCGCUCUGGCUAAACGGUAAUCAGCUGACAGUGCUAAAGCCCGACACUUUCCAGGGUCUGGACAAUUUACUGUUCCUCUUCCUGAAUAACAACGAUCUCCGUUACGUGGACAUGGCGGCAUUCGCGAGAAUGAAGAAUAUAACUGUGGAUCCUGGCUUUAGAAUACGCGGCUCGUUAGUGAACGACUUCGGAAAAAUCCACGGACAAUAUCAGUGCAAUAGCAUGGCGUAUCAGAUACCGUACGACUGUACAGAGAUUAAUUCAUAGAUUCCAGGAACUGGCUGAAGCUCAAAUUUUUAAAGGUUACGGUCAAGAUAAUCCUCCUCAUCCUUGCUAUUGGAAAACAUCCAUGGAUUACGGCUGGUACGCACCGACAAUUCAUACAGUGCCGACGUCUUAUUAUCCCCGAAACCAUUCUUUCAGCACUGAGCUCGGACGCGCAGGGAUGUACAAGAAUUGUUCUCUUAAUACAGAACUUGACAAGUGUUUGCUUUAAAUUUUACG